CUUUAAUCUUAGUUUAUAAAUUAUACACUAUUUCAUUUGUCUGUUAUUGUUUCCUCUGCCUUUAUCCAGCUGCCCCUAAAUGCCACUUUUUUUCUUCUUUCUUGUAUAACCAUGAUUGGUUUCUUAUAGUUUCUGAAACUUUCAUUAGCUUCAAUUCUAUAAUUUGAUUUGAAGAUUACCUAAGAACCAGUAGCUGUUCUAAUUUGCAGAGGAGUUGCUUCAUAUUGAUGAACAGUCAAUGAACAUGAGUUCUCCAUCAACACAAUUUGCCCCCACGACAAGGAUGGGCAUAUUCGAACCUUUCCACCAUAUGAGUAUGUGGGAAGACGCAUUUAGAGGUGAGAUUAUGCCCGGAACUGGUGCGUGUAUGGUCGCACAGCCAAAUGACAGGGUAGAUGACAAGUCUGGGUAUACUUCAAGCGAACAACUUAUACCCUCGGGCUCUGAGGAUAAUCAAGCUGGAAAGAGUGUUUCAGACAAGGUACAACGGCGUCUAGCACAGAAUCGUGAAGCUGCCCGUAAAAGCCGUAUGAGGAAAAAGGCUUAUGUUCAGCAGCUUGAAACAAGCCGUAUGAAACUAGCACAACUUGAAAUGGAGCUUGAGAGAGCUCGACAGCAAGGAUUGUACGUUUUAGGUUCAAAUGGUAACAUGGGGUUGAGUGCAACAAUUAAUCCAGGAAUAGCUGCAUUUGAGAUAGAAUACGGCCUCUGGGUCGAAAAGCAACAGAAAAAGAACAUAGAGUUGAGGAAUGUUUUGCAAUCCCAUGUAAGCGAAAUGGAGCUUCAGUUGCUGGUAGAAAGUGUCUUAAGCCACUACUACAAUCUCUUCCGAAUCAAAGCUGAUGCGGCCAAAGCUGAUGUGUUUUACUUAAUGUCUGGGAUGUGGAGAACUUCAGUUGAGCGCUUUUUCCUCUGGAUUGGAGGAUUCAAACCAUCAGAACUCAUCAAUGUCGUGAUGCCACAACUUGAGCCAUUGAGUGAUCAACAGAUAGUGAAAAUCUGUAAUCUGCGACACUGUUGUCAGCAAGCUGAGGAUGCUCUUACUCAAGGAAUGGAUAAACUUCAGCAAACUCUGGCCCAGAGCAUCCUAACGAUGACAACAGGAAUGGGAAGUUACAGUUCCCAGAUGGUUUCUAGUAUGGAAAAGUUAGAAGCACUGGAGAGUUUUGUUAACCAGGCCGAUCACCUUCGACACCAAACACUACAACAAAUGUCUCAUAUCUUGACUACACGCCAAACAGCUAGGGGAUUACUCGCUUUUGGGGAGUAUCUUCAACGUCUUCGUGCUCUGAGCUCGCUUUGGGCUGCCCGUCCUCGUGAACCUACCUAACCUGUUAUGACAAAGCAGAUGAACAUAACUAGGUUACCAGAGCUGUACACGGAAAAAUGUAAUCACAUCUUGCUGUUUUCAUACUCUGAAAUGCAUAUUCUUGAGGUAACAUGGCAAGUUUUAAGAAUCUAUGUACAUAGGAAGGGGGAUCGAUGUGUAUAAUUCUAGAAUAAUUUGCCUGCUGGAUGCUUUUAAGUACUUCAUGAGAGUAGGAAAACCUUAACUAUGAAAUUCAGAGAAUUCUCAAAGUGUGAUUUUUACAUAUGGUGAAAACUCAAAUGUACUGCUAAGAGAUGGUGAAUAUCCAUUGAUUCAUAGUUAUUCAAGAUACUACUAUUGAUGUAUUAAGGACAGUUUUCUCCUACUUAUAACUUUGAAAUAGUAGGUUUACCAACUUCUUAGUUCU